AUGUCGCAAAGUCGCUCGUCACCCAACAAAACCAGUCGCUCCGUUACAUCCGAAGAGCCAUGGAAGGUCGAUACUCCCUUUGGCCCUCCACAGGUACCUCGAUCAUUCCCUAAUACUGGCAUUCGACGCAUACGCGAUACUCUCUCGAAGAUAUCGCCAGGAGCACUCGCAGAGAAGGAGGAACUUCGCAGGAAGAACCAAUAUAAGAUUCCAUUGACCCACCGGAACGUCGACAACUUCGUGACAGAACAGGAAGUCAACGAGGCCUGCACGCCAACUCAGCGCACCCCAGACAUCCAGGUGGCUGAAUGGCUGGAACACGUUUCUUGA